GGUUUGCUAUAAAUAAUCACUUCUCACCUUUUAAGUUAAGUUCUCAAAGGCAAACAAAAGAAAGAGAGAGAGGUGGUGCAUGCCAUAUCAAUGGAGUCUGCAAAGAGUUUACUUCCACUAUCUAAUGAUGUGAAACAGAGCCAUGAGACAGAACAUAAAGUUCCAACCAUGACAAGAAAAGGAGUUUAUGCUGCUUUAUCUUAUAUGGCCUCUUCAGUUCUUUUGGUCAUGUUCAAUAAAGCAGCUCUCACUUCUUACAAGUUCCCAUUUACAAAUGUCAUCACACUUUCUCAGAUGGUGUGUGCAUUUGUUAUUCUCUAUGUGUUGAAAUCACUCAAGAUAAUUUCUUUCACAACUGGUGAAUCCCAAAACAGCUCUAAGUCUAACAAUUCAAUAAUAUUUGUGUCCUUCAAUACAUUAGUCUACACAUUUCCUCUAGCAUUAACAUAUUUGUUGUUUAUGGUGGUGACCAUGGAAGCUGUUCGCGGCAUAAAUAUUCCGAUGUACACCACUCUUAGAAGAACUACUGUGGCCUUUACAAUGGUAAUGGAGUAUUUUCUAUCUGGGAAGAAACAUUCAAGUUUUGUUCUUGGAAGUGUUGGGAUUAUCAUAGCUGGUGCUUUGAUUGCUGGAGCUAGAGACUUAUCAUUUGAUGCUUAUGCCUAUACAGUUGUUUUCAUAGAAAACAUGUGCAAAGCAGUGUAUCUUGCUUCUAUUUCUCGUGUUGGUAAAGCUAGUGGUCUUAAUAUAUUUGGUCUUCUAUGGGUCAAUGUGUUGAUCUGUGGACCAAUUAUGUUUCUUUACUCCUUGCUUAGAGGUGACCUACAAUCAACACUCAACUUCCCAUACUUGUUCCACACUGGAUUUCAGGUUGUGAUGGCUCUGUCCUGUGCUUUUACUUUCUUUAUAAACUACAUUGUAGUUUUAAAUACAACUGUCAACUCAGCACUUACACAAGCAAUCUGUGGUAAUUUAAAGGAUGUUUUUACUAGUGGGAUCGGUUGGGCAAUAUUUGGAGGACUUCCAUAUGAUUUGUUCAAUGUUCUUGGUCAAUCACUUGGCUUCUUUGGUUCCUGUUUGUAUGCCUAUUGUAAAAUCCAAGGAAUAUGAAGAUGACAGAGUUCAUUAAGCAACAUCAAAACUAAAAGAAGGUAGAAUGGUGCAAGAUUAUACCAUACCCCCUUCAGAUUUUGCUAUAAUAGAGACUAGAGGAUCAGGAUUGUUUUCAGUUUCAAGGAAACUUGCAUACGAUCUUAGCCAUUAAAAAUAUCGUAUUUUGAUAUGUAGAUAUUUUGGACCACGUAGGAUAUUAUGUUGAACAAAAGCUAUGAUAUAUUGGCAAAUGCAAAUUUUGUAAUUUUUAUACUUAAUAAGUCUUUUGGUCUCAUGCAUUAAAGUUUCAAUUUGAUUCCCUCAUGAAAAACAUUUCGCUGAUUUAAUAAUCGUCGCCAAGUGGCCAUAUAAUACCGUGUAAUUCGCCAAUUG